CCUGCCGGGGCUCAGGGGGAACCUGCCUGGUUCGCGGCAAAGGACACAGGGCCACUGUCCCUCCAUGCUGGCCUGUGGGAUGCAAGUGGCCUGACACUCGCGACCCUCCAUACCCAGUCCCACAGAUUCCAGAGUGUGGAUCAGACUGAGGCCAGGGAACGAAAAGAUGGGUCAGGAGGGCCCAGGGCCCCGGGGGUAACACCUGCCCGGGAGGAUGCUCGGAGCAGGGGUGGCCAGAGUGCCUGGUGGGGGCUGCUGCCGAGGGAAAGGCUGGACUGCAGGGUAGUGUCGGGCACCGGGACCUCACCACGUUGUGCCUUAUCCCCGUCACCCACCCACCCACCCACGCGGAGGGUCCUGAGGGCUUCGCCAGGCUGCCCCGAAGCACAGAGCUGCGGUCACGAGGGGUCUCGGAAGCCCACGCUGUGGCCCCAGGACAAGGUUCUGGAUGCAGCUCCUGGAAGUGAAGGGUGGACUCGCGGCGCUGCCGGAAAAAACGGAGACCACAGGCAGGCGGGAAGCGCGUCCAGGGUCCGCGGACACCCGCCUCUCAGACGGUCCUCUGGGGCCCGAUCGCGGAGGAGACGGAAAGCGGGAGGGCCUCAGGCUCGUCUGAACCCCCGCGUUCAUUCGGCCAAACGGAACCCAAACUCCUCCCCCGGGGGUCGGGCCCGUCAAGCCAGCCGCGGACGCCGAUGCCCGCCCAGCCCUCCGGGAGCUUCUGCGCCUGCGGCCUCGCGGGGCCUCUCCGAGCCCGGGCUGGGUUCCGGGGGCGGUGCCGGGUCCAAGACCCCUUCCGUCCUAGACAACAGGAGGGGCCCGAGAGGCGGCGAGAUGUGGGGCGCGGCGCUAAGCCCCUGCCCGACCCGAACAGACUGCCAGCUCCGGUGCAGCGGAGAAAAUCCAGGGCUGCCCGAGCGGGGUCGCCUGUGGCGGUCUCGGGGACGUCACCAUGUGUCACCCCGCGCCCCGGCAGCGCGCGCCACAAGACGCCGGCUGCCACCCCUACACCUCCGACUCUCUGGACCAGAGACGCGAACAGACGAACGAGGCAGCCAAUCGGUGCCCGGUACGACACCGCCCCGCCCCUCCCACGGGCGACUGGGUUCCGGGGCACGCGGGGCGGGGCUUCCGGGCGGGGCAGGCCGGCUUCCGGCGGAAUCGGCGCCGCCGAUGGCAGCGCACAGGGUAGCUGUCGGCGCCUCGCUCGCUGCUGCCCGACUCCUGCUCCUCGGCCGCUGCCGCUUGUCGCCCGUGCCCCGCUCUGCGUUGUCGGGCGCCGCCAUGGAGCCUGCGCCGCGUUGGCUGGCGGGACUGCGCUUCGACAACCGCGCUCUGCGCGCGCUGCCGGUGGAGACGCCGCCUGCCGGUCCCGAGGGCGCCUCGACCACGCCGCGGCUCGUGCCCGGGGCCUGCUUCACCCGCGUGCGGCCCACCCCGCUGCGGCAGCCCCGCCUCGUGGCGCUGUCGGAGCCCGCGCUGGCGCUGCUGGGUCUGGGGGCGCCGCCCGCGCCCGAGGCCGAGGCCGAGGCCGCGUUGUUCUUCAGCGGCAACGCGCUCCUACCGGGCGCCGAGCCCGCCGCGCACUGCUACUGCGGCCACCAGUUCGGCCACUUCGCGGGACAGCUGGGCGACGGCGCCGCCAUGUACCUAGGCGAGGUGUGCACGGCGGCCGGCGAGCGCUGGGAGCUGCAGCUCAAGGGCGCCGGGCCAACGCCCUUCUCCAGGCCGACGGUCGCAAGGUCCUGCGGUCAAGCAUUCGGGAGUUCCUGUGCAGCGAAGCCAUGUUCCACCUGGGGGUCCCCACCACACGGGCCGGCGCCUGCGUCACAUCUGAGUCCACAGUGGCGCGUGAUGUGUUCUAUGAUGGUAAUCCCAAAUAUGAAAAAUGCACAGUUGUGUUGCGUAUAGCUUCCACUUUCAUAAGGUUUGGAUCCUUUGAGAUUUUUAAGUCCACAGAUGAGCACUCGGGGCGCGCAGGCCCCAGCGUGGGGAGGAACGACAUUCGUGUGCAGCUGCUCGACUACGUCAUCGGCUCCUUCUACCCUGAGAUCCAGGCUGCUCACGCCAGCGACAGCGUGCAGAGAAACGCCGCCUUCUUCCGGGAGGUGACGCGGCGUACGGCGAGGAUGGUGGCCGAGUGGCAGUGCGUGGGCUUCUGCCAUGGCGUGCUUAACACUGACAACAUGAGCAUCCUGGGGCUGACCAUCGACUACGGGCCCUUCGGCUUCCUGGACAGGUACGACCCCGACCACGUGUGCAACGCCUCAGACAACACCGGCCGCUAUGCAUACAGCAAGCAGCCCGAGGUGUGCAAGUGGAACCUGCAGAAGCUGGCUGAGGCGCUGCAGCCGGAGCUGCCCCUGGAGCUGGGCGAGGCCAUCCUGGCCGAGGAGUUUGACGCCGAGUUCCAAAGGCACUACCUGCAGAAGAUGCGCAGGAAACUGGGCCUUGUGCAGGUGGAGCUGGAGGAAGACGGGGCGCUGGUGUCCAGGCUCCUGCAGACCAUGCACCUGACAGGUGCCGACUUCACAAAUACCUUCUACUUGCUGAGCUCCUUCCUGGUGGAUCCGGAGUCACCAGGCCUGGCGGAGUUCCUGGCCAGGCUGAUGGAGCAGUGUGCUUCCCUGGAGGAGCUGAGGCUAGCCUUCCGGCCCCAGAUGGAUCCCCGGCAGCUGUCCAUGAUGUUGGUGCUGGCACAGUCAAACCCGCAGCUGUUCGCACUCAUGGGCACCCGGGCAGGCAUCGCCAGGGAGCUGGAGCGCGUGGAGCAGCAGUCUCAGCUGGAACAGCUGAGCGUGGCCGAGCUGCAGAGCAGGAACCACGACCACUGGGCCACCUGGCUCCAGGAGUACAGAGCCCGGCUGGACAAGGACCUGGAAGGCGCCGGAGAUGCUGCUGCCUGGCAGGCCGAGCGUGUGCGUGUGAUGCGCGCCAGCAACCCCAAGUAUGUCCUGAGGAACUACAUCGCGCAGAACGCCAUCGAGGCUGCCGAGCGUGGGGACUUCUCAGAGGUUCGGCAGGUACUGAAGCUGCUGGAGACCCCUUACCAAUGCGAGGCAGGCACUGCCACAGAGCCCGAGGCCACGGAGGCCAGAGGGGCAACCGGCGGGCAGCAUUCCUACAGCAGCAAGCCCCCGCUCUGGGCAGCAGAACUGUGUGUGACAUGAUCAUCGUAAUGGCCUCGGCAUGCUCCACACCCCUGGAGUCUUCCGAGGCCCCCAUGUGUUGCUGAGUGGCCGAGACGGUGCCAGGCUAUCUCCUCUGUGCUGGGGGCUUCUGCCCUGGCCCACGCACACGUCUUUCCAUGAAGGCAGAGACAUCCAGUCAGGACCUGACCUGUCUCUGUCUGACGCUGGCUCAGCAGGGCAGCCCCACCACCCCUCUGGCCCCUGGGGGCUGGACCCAGGCUCCUAAAUAAACCAGCAACUCCCUCAG